AUGGGGGGCGGCGGCGGCGGCGGCAACACGCGGGAGCUGGACCAGACGCCGACAUGGGCGGUGGCGUCGGUGUGCGGCGUGAUCGUGAUCAUCUCCAUCCUGCUGGAGAAGGGUCUCCACCACGUGGGCGAGUUCUUCUCCCACCGCAAGAAGAAGGCCAUGGUGGAGGCCCUGGAGAAGGUGAAGGCGGAGCUCAUGGUGCUGGGCUUCAUCUCCCUCCUGCUCGUGUUCGGCCAGAACUACAUCAUCAAGAUCUGCAUCAGCAACCACGCCGCCAACACCAUGCUCCCCUGCAAGCUCAAGGCCGUCGAGGCCGCCGCCGCCGGCCACGGCAAGGAGCCUGCGGAGGCCGGGGGUAAUAAGGGGCACGGCAAGGAGGAGGCCGCCGUCCCUGGCAAGAAGGAGGCCGCCGCCGCCGCCGAGCACCUCGGCGGCGUGCUGGACUGGCCGCCGCCCUACUACGCGCACAACGCGAGGAUGCUGGGGGAGGCGAACAUGAAGACCAAGUGCCCCGAGGGGAAGGUGUCACUCAUCUCCAUCAACGGCCUGCACCAGCUGCACAUCUUCAUCUUCUUCCUCGCCGUCUUCCACGUCUCCUACAGUGCCAUCACCAUGGCGCUCGGCAGGGCCAAGAUACGUGCAUGGAAAGUGUGGGAGAAAGAAGCUGCAGGCCAAGACUACGAGUUCUCCAAUGACCCGACGCGGUUCAGGUUCACCCACGAGACUUCCUUCGUGAGGAACCAUAUGAAUGUGCUCAACAAGUUCCCAGCAUCCUUCUACAUUAGCAACUUCUUCCGGCAGUUCUUCAGAUCCGUGAGGCAGGCAGACUACUCCGCGCUGCGCCACAGCUUUGUCAACGUGCAUCUUGCCCCUGGUAGCAAGUUUGAUUUCCAGAAGUACAUCAAGCGGUCACUGGAGGACGACUUCAAGGUGAUCGUGGGGAUCAGUCCUCCCCUCUGGGCUUCUGCUCUCAUCUUCCUCUUCCUAAAUGUCAAUGGAUGGCACACCAUGCUCUGGAUAUCCAUCAUGCCAGUGGUGAUCAUCCUGUCCGUGGGGACGAAGCUGCAGGGCAUCAUCUGCCGCAUGGCCAUCGACAUCACGGAGCGGCACGCCGUGGUCCAGGGCAUCCCGCUCGUGCAAGUCAGCGACUCCUACUUCUGGUUCUCGAAACCAACCUUCGUGCUCUUCCUCAUCCACUUCACACUCUUCCAGAAUGGCUUCCAGAUCAUCUACUUCCUCUGGAUUCUGUAUGAGUACGGGAUGGACUCGUGCUUCAACGACUCCCAAAGAAUUCGUCUUUGCACGCCUCUGCCUUGGGUGCUGUGCAGCUACGUGACGCUCCCGCUCUACGCGCUCGUCUCCCAGAUGGGCUCCACCAUGAAGCAGUCCAUCUUCGACGAGCAGACCUCCAAGGCCCUCAAGAACUGGCGCGCCGGCGCCAAGAAGAAGCACCCCACCAGCUCCAAGCACGGCGGCGGCGGGGGCUCCCCCACCGCCGGCGGCAGCCCCACCAAGGCCGACGGCGACGCGUAG